CUCAUAUAUAUAUACGCACACUAGCAUAAACUGAGGCUUCUGGUGCCUUCUUCGCUCAUAAACCCUAUCUUUGUUCAACCGAAAACCCUAGCCUCUCUCCUCUCCUCUCUUCUCUAUCAAAAACAAUGACAGGCGAAGCAGUAAACCCUAAAGCAUACCCACUGGCCGAUUCGCAGCUUACUAUUACCAUAAUGGACCUUGUUCAACAAGCUGCUAACUACAAGCAGCUCAAAAAGGGUGCUAAUGAAGCAACUAAGACCCUAAACAGGGGUAUUUCUGAGUUUGUUGUGAUGGCCGCUGACACUGAGCCUCUUGAGAUCCUCCUCCAUCUUCCCCUUCUUGCUGAAGAUAAGAAUGUGCCCUAUGUUUUUGUCCCUUCAAAGCAAGCACUUGGUCGAGCAUGUGGAGUCACAAGACCAGUCAUUGCUUGCUCUGUGACAAGCAAUGAGGCAAGCCAAUUGAAAUCCCAAAUACAACAACUCAAGGAUGCCAUUGAGAAGCUUUUGAUAUAAACACAAUUAAGAAGCAUUUUCGGUGUGAUGGGCCUCUUGAACGUAGGAAUUGCUCCUUUGGAGGCUUUGACUGACGAAGUUGUUGUGCGAGUUUUUUUUUCCAACUUUUUUUUUUCAUGAAUACUUUUCUCAUGAUGUUUAUCAUGCAACGUGAGAAAUAAUGUUUUUUGAGUCUUGUUUUUUUACGGUAGACAUGAUCCAUGAUCCUUUGAACUCGUCCCCAUAAGUUUCAUUAUGGUGGUUAUUGUGCUUGCUGGUUCUGUUUAAUAGUAAAGUAGUGGUUCUAGUUAUCGCGUCA